AUGUUUCGCUUCGCCACCAAAUCUUCUGCGAGUUCCGUCAAGCACACUGACUCCACAACUUCGCGAAGUCGAUAUGCAGCGUCUUGGAGGCCGGCCCUGAGGAGGUUGAAAGAAGGUCUGUUCUCUCGCGGAGGCGCCGCAAACAGCGUGCAGCCAGUCAGCCCUGAUGUUUCCGAAGAUCCAUCAAUCACCACAUACUUGGACAGAUUCGACAGAAGCUGUUAUCGACCACUAGAAGACCAGAGGGCUACCUUACGACCAUCAACAACCAGACAAAAGCAGAAUGAGACGGUAUCAAAGUUCUCGGAACAAUCGGACAGUGAUGAACAGCCAGAAAUUGUUGACGGCAUUGAGCUCCUCUCACAAUCAGCAAAAGCGGCGCCAGGAAAGAACAACAGGAGAAAGACUGUACAUGAUUCCUCCAUGCUACAUCCUCUUAGAUACAAUCCAGCAGGGGCCCAUGUGAAAGAAUCCCCAGCUGAAAGCAGUAUUCGAGCCAGACCAUCCUCAUACGCCCAAGCAACAUCCGAAACGGACGAGUUUUCAAUCGCUCUUCGAAAGAAACUGCACAGAACAUCAUUGGCUCAGGCAGAGAAACUCGCAGGACCAGAAGCCGCCUAUAUUCCUACUCAUGCUGCCUCUGAUUUCCAGAGAACUACUUCGGUACAAGAGAGAAAGCGCAGAACCGUUCCCAAGAAACGUGAGGACCCAUUCGUCUCCGCCGUAGAUGAAACGUCCGAAGACUUCCAGAAUUUUAUCAGAACUUGCCAUCUCCAGCAUCUUGUUGAACAAAGAGAUUUGCGUCAAACCAGAAUGUCCUUACCCAUCGUGAAAGCCCCAAACAUACUGACGACUACACCACAUUCCGUCAAAGGACUUCAAAGCUUUGAGAAGUUCUUGAGAAAUUCUCAUAUUCAUUAUCUCACCCAAGAAGAUCGUGGAUGGUGUCCGUCGAUUGGGGAACUUGAUGAGACUGAAGCAGACAGAAUUGUUAAGAACGCACCACCUCCAAACUGUUUCUCAAGUCCUAAGGAACAAGGUCUAUCAGUGAAAUUCAGACGAUCCGCUAUGUCACCCAGACCAGCAAGCGUGGCUGGCAGCAUAGUAGGGAAGGUAGGAGGAUAUAUUAAGCCGACUAUCACUGUCAAUUCACGGCCCGUUCGAAAUUCUAUGAUAUUCAGGAAAACCAGGGACGUUGAAACUGCGAGUAUUGAUUCAUACAUUCGUCCUAGUAGAGUAAAGAGAUGGUCCAUGGCGGCUGCUGGGUAUUGA